CCGGCGGCGUGGGGCGGAAGGGCUGGCGGGGCCUGAGGGAGCCAGACAAGGGCGACUUUGUGCGGAGCCCCCCGUCGCCUCCAGCCGGGCUGGGAGGAGAAAGGAGGGAGCGAGGGAGUUUGGGAGAGACGGAGGAGGGCAGGACUCGGGUCCUCUUCCUCCCGGACUUGGUUGCAAGGGCUGAGGGAGAGCGAGAGUCUAAACUUUCCCCAGCCCAAGGCGGGCUCCCUCUCCCUCCCUCCCAGCCCUCCUUUCCCUGAAAGAGAGAGAGAGAGAGAGAGAGAGAGGAAGGCGGGGAGGGGGGGUGAGAGGAGGGAAGUGAUGACUAACUCGGCCAAGAUGCUCCCCUGAGUGGCCCAGAAGAGCCAGAAAGAGGCCGGGCGCUUCCCUCCAUGUGCGGCUGAAAAGGGCCGGGGAAAGUCUCCCUUUGUUUUGCUUUCCUGACUUAGUUGGGUGCCUUUCUGGUGAGAGAAGAGCAUGAGAGAAGAAGGCAGAGAUGGAGGAGAGUCUUCUCAGGAGCAGAAAGGAGAGAAAGAAAGGAAGCCCAAGAGGAGGAGGAGGAGGAAGAAGAAGAAAGAGGGAGUCCAGACCCGCACGGUCUCCUCCAACCUGCUGCUCCCUUGGCCUGAAGGGGACAGGCCCACUCCUCCGGCCAACAACAGGCUGAAGACCACCAAGUACACGGCCGUCUCCUUCUUGCCCAAGAACCUCUUUGAGCAGUUCCACCGCCUGGCCAAUGUCUACUUCGUCUUCAUCGCCUUGCUCAACUUUGUGCCCGCUGUCAACGCCUUCCAGCCCGAGCUGGCCUUGGCCCCUGUGCUCUUCAUCUUGGCCGUCACCGCGGUCAAGGACCUGUGGGAAGACUACAGCCGAUACCGCUCAGACCAGGAGAUCAACCACAUGGAGUGCUUGGUCUACUGCAGGAUUGAAAGGAAAUACACCACAAGAUACUGGAAAGAAGUCAAAGUCGGAGACUUCAUUCAGCUGCGUUGCAAUGAAAUAAUCCCUGCUGAUAUAUUGCUGCUUUCUUCAAGUGACCCUGAUGGCCUUUGUCACAUAGAAACAGCUAAUCUGGAUGGGGAAACAAAUUUGAAACAGAGGCAGGUUGUGCGUGGAUUUUUGGAGCUGGACUCUGAAUUUGACCCAUUGAAGUUUACUAGCAUCAUUGAAUGUGAAGAACCAAAUAAUGACUUAAGUAGGUUUCGAGGAUUCAUAGUGCAUAAAAGUGGGGAAAAGGUAGCACUGUAUAAAGAAAAUCUUUUGUUACGUGGAUGUACCAUUAGAAAUACAGAAGUUGUCUCAGGAAUAGUAAUCUAUGCAGGGCAUGAGACAAAAGCCUUGUUAAAUAACAGUGGACCACGUUACAAACGCAGUAAGCUGGAAAGACAAAUGAAUGUCGAUGUCCUUUGGUGUGUCCUCAUGCUUAUCACAAUGUGUUUGUUUUCAGCACUUGGUCACGGAAUCUGGGUCUGGCAAUAUGAUGACAAAAGAAAACCUAUCUUUGAUGUCCCAGGUCGCAAUGGAAAAUAUUGGUCUCCAGUUCAAGCUGCAGUUUAUUUAUUUUUGACAAUGAUUAUAGUUUAUCAGGUUCUCAUUCCAAUUUCUUUGUACGUCUCCAUUGAAAUUGUUAAAAUAUGCCAAGUAUUCUUUAUUCAUCAAGAUAAAGAUUUAUAUGAUGAAGAAACAGACCUUCAGCUACAAUGUCGAGCUCUCAAUAUCACUGAAGAUUUAGGACAGAUUCAGUAUAUAUUUUCAGACAAGACUGGGACUCUUACCGAGAAUAAAAUGGUUUUUCGGCGGUGCACUGUUUCUGGCAUAGAGUAUUCCCAUGAUGCUAAUGCAAAACGUAUAGCUAUGUACCAGGAAGGUGAUUCUGAGGAUGAAGAAACCACACCUAAGGCAGGGACAUUGUCCCAGCGGGACAGUAUUAGUAGUCACCAGAGCCUUAAAGUCAUCCACAGGAACCAGAGCACAAAAUCUCAUAGGCGUACAGGGAGCAGAGUGGAGGCCAAAAGGGCAAGCAUUCUCUCAAAGCAUACAGCUUUCAGCAGUCCGAUGGAAAAAGAUAUCACACCUGAUCCAAAUUUGCUACGGAAAGUAAAUGAAUGUGCCAGCUACCUCGAGAUCAUGAGGACCCAUGACCAACCAUUAUCCCAGCUGUCCCCUGAACUUUCAGACAUCUUUGACUUUUUCAUAGCUUUGACAAUCUGCAAUACAGUGGUAGUGACGUCUCCAAAUCAGCCACGACAAAAGGUUAGAUACAGAUUUGAACUGAAGUCUCCAGUAAAGACCAUUGAGGACUUCAUUCGGAGACUCACCCCUAGCCGACUGACUUCUGGUUCUAACAACAGUAGCUCCUCAAGCCUGGGGACCAGCAGAUUGACACACCGCACUGGAUCAAGUGUAAUUUCUUCAACCUCCACAGAGAGCCCUUUCUUGAAACUAGAAGAAAAGCUUACUAACUCUUCCCAAAUGAAUAACAAUGGCUAUAGUGCCCAGCAGUCCAAAGGGACACUGGGGAAUGAGAGUGGGCCAGGAGAGGGUGAACUGCGUUUUGAGGCAGAGAGCCCAGAUGAAGCUGCCCUUGUCUAUGCAGCCAGAGCAUAUGGCUGUGCUCUGGUUGACCGGCUGCCUGACCAGGUAUCAGUAGAACUACCUCACCUGGGGAGAUUAACCUUUGAACUCUUACACAUCCUGGGCUUUGACUCAGUCCGGAAGAGAAUGUCCGUGGUAGUCAGACACCCCUUUACUGAUGAAAUAAAUGUUUACACUAAAGGAGCCGAUUCGGUGAUCAUGGAUCUUCUUCUGUCAUGUUCUUCAGAUGACCCUAGGGGCAAGCAUCAAAAGAAAAUCCGAAGCAAAACUCAGAAUUUUCUUAAUCUUUAUGCUGCUGAUGGAUUGAGGACUUUGUGCAUAGCAAAAAAGGUGCUGAGCAAGGAGGAGUAUUCUUGCUGGUUAAAAAGUCACAUUGAAGCAGAAUCUUCCAUUGAAAACCGGGAAGAGCUGCUGUUCCAGUCAGCCACUCGUAUAGAGACAGAUCUGCAUCUACUAGGUGCAACUGGCAUUGAAGACCGUUUACAGGAUGGAGUCCCAGAAACUAUUGCAAACCUACGCCAGGCUGGGCUGCAGAUAUGGGUUCUAACUGGAGAUAAGCAAGAAACUGCCAUUAACAUUGCUUAUGCUUGCAAGCUAUUGGAUCACGAUGAAGAAAUCAUUACUUUGAAUGCUGAUUCACCGGAAAUGUGUGCCACAUUACUGGAACAACACUUGCACUGCCUAGAAUCUACAUUUUCAAAGGAAAAAUCAGAAAAAUCUCCUCAGAACAUGACCACAAAGUUUACUCAAAUCUACCUGACAUCAUCUUUGGUGCAUCCUAGGCUGGGCUUAGUUAUUGAUGGAAGAACACUGGCUUAUGCCCUUGAUAAAGCUCUAGAAGACAAAUUCCUUUUGCUGGCCAGGAGGUGUCGUUCUGUGCUAUGUUGCCGUUCUACCCCAAUUCAAAAAGGGAUGGUUGUGAAACUGGUCAGGGACAAACUCAAAACUAUGACCUUGGCAAUAGGUGACGGAGCGAACGAUGUCAGUAUGAUCCAAGUGGCCGAUGUCGGUGUGGGGAUCUCAGGUCCAGAAGGCAUGCAGGCUGUGAUGGCAAGUGACUUUGCAAUCCCAAAGUUCCGGUAUUUGGAGAAACUCUUGCUUGUACAUGGUCAUUGGUGUUACUCCCGGCUUGCCAACAUGGUACUGUAUUUCUUCUACAAAAAUGCGAUGUUUGUGGCCCUCCUUUUCUGGUACCAGUUUUACUGUGGAUUUUCUGGGUCAUCCAUGAUUGAUCAGUGGUACCUAAUCUUCUUUAAUUUACUGUUCUCGUCCCUUCCUCAACUGAUUGUUGGAGUGCUCGAUAAAGAUGUACCUGCAGAUGUAUUAAUUGCUGUGCCUCAGCUUUACACAAGUGGCCAGAACAUGGAGGAAUACCAACCACAUAUGUUUUGGAUGAAUAUGAUUGAUGCUCUUUACCAAAGCCUGAUUUGCUUUUUCAUCCCUUACUUUAUAUAUUAUGAUUCAGAUGUGGAUAUAUUUUCAUGGGGAACCCCUAUCACCACAAUAGCUCUCUUCACCAUUAUAUUGCAUUUGGCUGUUGAAACAAAAACCUGGACAUGGCUUCAUUUGUCAUCUUGUGUCUUCAGCGUUGUUUUAUUCUUCAUUGUGGCUCUUCUUUACAAUGCAUCUUGCCCAAUAUGUUAUCCUCCAUCCAAUCCCUACUGGAUUAUGGAAAACCUGAUGGGAGAUCCUAUGUUUUAUCUGACUUGUCUUAUAACGCCCACCGUUGCAUUGCUUCCCAGAUUUCUAUACAGAACUCUUCAAGGGACAUUAUUCCCAACCCAGCUUCAGCUUGGACGCCAGUUAUCAAGGGUGCCACCAGAUACUCGCAACCAGUUUUUAAACAGACGGAACAUCAAAAAAGAGACUGAUCCUCAUAAAUAUCCCUCUGCUCAUUAUUCUCCAGAAAGCCCAUAUUUCAUUACUAAUGAUUCUCAAAGGGCUUGCAGACAAAACUGUCCUAUAAAUUUAUCUCAACCUGGAAAGGAACUGUGUCCACCACUGCCAAAACCAGAGCCUACAACAGAUUUAAAUAUUCCUGCUCCUCCUCUUGGUGCUCAGUUAUAUGAGGAGAAUGGGAAUCUUUUGGUGGCUGAUAAUGCAGAUGAAACAUCCUUGCAUUUUUCCAAAGACAUUUCAGAGUUUGAACCAACUUUAGUAGAUGAAACAUGCCAGUGGAGCUCAAGACUAGAUCAAUCAGACGUCAGCUUGUUGAACUGGAUCAAAUCAACGCCAUUGUUUAAAGACACUGGUGGUGAUCUGCCUUGGUUAUCCAGGAGUUUACAGAAUGUAAAGCUGGACAAUACAACUCCAUAUAGCUGUAGUUCUCACACAUUUAGAAAUUCAGACCAGAACACUUCCUGUUUUCAGGAGCAAAGGAAAAAGUGUGCAGAUGGCUGCGUAAAAAAUGAAUCUCUUGAGUCAACUUUUUUAUGAUGUGGGUAUUAGAGCAUAUAUUUUCUGUUUGCACAGGAGCGUAGAGUUAUUCUAUUACAGAAGAUGGAAAUCAAGGUACAUAUUUUUAUUUUAAAAGAAAUUUUAAGCACGAUAUGUUGAAAAUAAGAGCUUUAUAUACAGAUAAAAGAUACAUAUAUAUAUAUAUAUUUAUUUUUCAUCUCAUUUUAUACAAAAUCUGUAUGUUUGUUUCUGUUUGCUUCUUUGAAGUUCUGUGCUCAUUUACUACGCCACAGUUGUUGGAUUUCAACCCAAAGCUUAAUGUGCUAAACAUUGGCUCACAGUUCUCAUGAGCUGUGGGCCACUAUUUAAAAAUGACUUUAAAAAGUUGGAGCAAUCCUUAUCAGGUUUCUUUGGAGGUGCAUGUGGCCAUGAAGGAGAAAAAGAGAAAUAUGUGCAAGGAAAAAAUGAAUAGGAAAUCCUACAGAAUCAAAACUUCAUUUUGUAAAACAAUAUUACACUGCAAAGGAAAUAAUGUUCAUAUUUUUCCAGAUAUGACCUCAUUUUUUUAUUUCAGCCUUAGCAGUUUAUAUAUCACAAGAAACCAAUAAAUAAAUGAAGAUCCA